AUGGAGGAUGACGCAUCCUACUUUAUGCUAGUGCUAGCUCUGGUUCCUCUUGUGUACAUCAUUCGGUUCUACUACCUAGCUUCCUCUCGUUGUCACAACCGUGGCCUACGGCUCCCUCCAGGCCCAUGGCAGCUACCUGUGAUCGGCAGUCUCCACCAUCUUUUUGGCGCCCUCCCACACCGUGCAUUACGAGACCUAUCAAGGCGACACGGCCCUCUCAUGCUCCUCAUGUUCGGCACGAACCGGCCGGUCAUCGUCGUUUCCACCGCCAAGGCUGCCAAGGAGAUGAUGAAGACGCACGAUACCACCUUCUGCGCGAGGCCACUGACCUCAGCUCUCAAGGCCAUUAGCAAGCAUGGCCUGGGGAUCGUCUUCGCCCCGUACGGUGACCACUGGCGACAAAUGCGCAAGAUCUGCUUCCUCGAGCUGCUGAGUGCCAAGCGCAUCGCCACGUUCAGCUCCAUAAGGGGAGAGGAGACGGACAGAUUCAUCCGGUCCAUCGUGGCAACGCUAGAGCCGGUCGUGAAUCUGAGCGAGUUGCUGGCGGCGUACCUGACAGACACAACGGUGCACAUGAUCAUGGGUGGACAGUUCACGGAGCAGGAGACCUUGCUCCGGCACGUCGACGAGGCGGUGGGGAUUGUAAGCGGCGUCGCCCUGCCCGACCUGUUCCCGUCGUCGAGGCUGGCGCGCGCUCUGAGCACCACACUGCGCAGUGCCGAGGUGUUCCGAGAGGCCUUUUUAGCGUUGAUGGGCCAUGCCAUAGAUGAUCAUCUGGAGAGCAGGAGGAGCGCUUCUUCCUCUGAACAAGUAGACCAGGAAGACAUCAUCGAUGUGCUCUUGAGGGUGCAGGGAGAAGGCAACCUUGAGCCACCCCUCACCAUGAACAACAUCAAAGCAGUUGUCUUCGUAAGUUGUAUGAUAAGGAUGUCUAUUCAGUUCCUGCAUCAAGAGUUGCUUGAGAUGCAUGAUUGGAUCUCCCCUCCUCCUCUCGCGACACUCCCGCAAGCGUUCGGGAGGCUAACCCUAGGGCCGCCGCCUCCCUUCCUCUCCUCCUCCCCCUUCCUCGCCGCCAACAGUGGGCGCACGCGGGCGAAGUCUGUACAUUGCCGGCGGCACCAGGGCUUCCUUCGUCUACUCGCGCGGGGGGUGCUGCGCGGGCCGGAUCUCGCUGGCCGGGAUGUGGCGCUAGGUGCCGGCCGUGGCAGCACGACGUCUCUCCUGAGCGGGCCGGCGACGGUGGCGUGGCGGCGGUGCGACCUGUGGCAUGGUGGUGGUGUAGGCCAGCGGGUGGUGAUGGCGGCGGCGGCUUCGUGGCGGCGCAUCCGGAUCCGCCUCUAA